AUGCUCAGUGGGACUGAUGACAUGGGUCCUUAUCAAGGCAAUUCUUAUAAUCAGGUGAAGUCAAGAAUUGGCUAUUGUCCUCAGUCAGAUGCCUUGCUGGAAUUUAUGACUGGUCGGGAAACAAUGAUCAUGUUUGCCAGAUUAUGGGGAGUUGUGGAGUCCCAGAUUCAGCUGUAUGUGAACAAUCAGUUGACUUCAUUGCAACUGGAGUCCUAUGCUGACAGGAUUAUCAAAACCUACAGUGGAGGAAACAAACGUAGGCUGAGUAGUGUUAUUGCCUUGAUGGGAAAACCCACAGUCAUUUUUCUGGAUGAGCCAUCAACUGGCAUGGACCCAAUAGCCCGACGUCUGCUCUGGGACAAUGUGACACAAGCACGUCAAAGUGGAAAAACCAUUAUUUUCACCUCCCACAGAGUAGAGGAAUGCGAUGCCUUCUGUACCAGACUGGCCAUGAUGGUGAAGGGAAAGUUUGUGUGUCUGGGCAGCCCGCAGCACCUCAAGAACAAGUUUGGCAAUUUUUACAUCCUAAAGGUCAAGUUCCAGACGGAUACACAAAAGGAUAAAUUAAAUGAUUUUAAAAAUUUCAUCACAACGACAUUCCCAGGUAGUGAAUUAAAGCAGGAGAACCAAUGGAUCCUUACCUACUACAUUCUCAGCAAGGACAAUAGCUGGUCAAAGGUGUUUGGUAUUUUGGAGAAAACAAAAGAGCAAUUCAACUUGGAAGAUUAUUCUGUCAGUCAGAUAACACUGGAUCAGCUCUUCCUGACCUUUGCUCACCCAGAAAACAUUGGACGUGAUGACCACAAGGAGGUGCCAUGA